CAAAAAAAAGAAAGAAGAAACAAGAAGAAGAAAAAACAGAAAGACCGGUCGAAAGGGUAAAAAAUAGUCUUUGCGGAGAAGAAAAGAUCAACCACUUUUCUGUCUCUGUUGCAAUUUCCUCAAGUAUACUCGACCCCGAUCCAUCUCUUAUCUGCGUCUUUGAAUGUGUUUACGUUAGUUUGCAUCAUAGCACAGACAAUGCCGAAUUGGGAGCUGAAGAGUUGUUGCAAGCAUGACCAGGUCAUGUUCUUAGCGACUAUUGGAGUCUAUACCGUGGUGAUCCUAGCGCUAUGGAGGACAAUACUACUCACGCCUUUUAAGCUCAUUACAGUUUUCCUUCAUGAAGCAAGCCAUGCAAUUGCUUGUAUACUCACAUGUGGCAAGGUUGAGGGUAUCCAGGUUCAUGCAAAUGAGGGUGGGGCGACGCAAACACGUGGUGGUAUAUAUUGGCUGAUUUUGCCUGCAGGAUAUCUGGGUUCAUCAUUUUGGGGAAUGGCAUUGAUACUUGCGUCAACAAAUCUCCUUACUGCUAGAAUUGCUGCUGGUUGUUUCGGCGUUGCCCUGCUUGUUGUGCUUUUUCUGGCAAAAAAUUGGACACUUCGAGGACUUUGUAUUGGAUUUAUCAUAUUCCUUGCUGUAGUAUGGGUUCUGCAAGAACUUACGAAAGUCCGAAUUCUUCGCUAUGUCAUUCUCUUUAUUGGUGUGAUGAACAGUUUGUUUUCAGUUUACGAUAUUUAUGAUGAUUUAAUAUCUAGAAGAGUCCACUCCAGUGAUGCGGAAAAGUUUGCGGAAGUUUGCCCCUGUCCCUGCACUGGGGUUGGAUGGGGAGUCAUAUGGGGAUUGAUAUCUUUCAUAUUUCUGUGUGGAGCUGUGUACCUUGGACUCGUCAUCUUGUCCUGAGGUUGAAGGAUGUGGGGUGAUAAUCUUCUUGAGGCUGCAGGGUGUGCUAGCUCUCACUUAUUAUUAUUUUGAUUUAUAAUCUAUUUAUAUUAAUUAAUAUGAUUUGUCUCGGCAACAUUGUAGCUAUCCUUCAUUCUUUUCACCCAACUGUCGUCAUAGUUCCUGUACAGUAUUUUGUAGUGGUGAACGUAGUGUACACAAAAAAAAGGCUGUAAAGGUGAUUAAACAAGUUCAUGAAGCCCAAACUUCAUGUGCGUAAGCUGCUAACUGGUUGUGACUUGUGAACAUUUUCUAGUAUAAUCUGAUGUUGCCAACUGCCUAAGCAUGUUUUUUAAA